CGCCGCGCCCGCAGACAUGGGGGACCUGCCGGGCCUCGUGCGCCUCUCCAUCGCGCUGCGCAUCCAGCCUAACGACGGCCCGGUCUUCUACAAGGUGGACGGGCAGCGCUUCGGCCAGAACCGCACCAUCAAACUGCUCACGGGCUCCUCCUACAAGGUGGAGGUGAAGGUGAAGCCCACCACGCUGCAGGUCGAGAACAUUUCCAUUGGUGGUGUGCUUGUCCCGCUGGAACUGAAGUCUAAGGAGCCUGAUGGGGACAGAAUCGUAUAUACAGGAACAUAUGACACAGAAGGUGUGGCCCCAACCAAGAGUGGAGAACGGCAGCCCAUCCAGAUCACCAUGCCGUUCACUGACAUUGGGACCUUCGAGACGGUGUGGCAGGUCAAGUUUUACAAUUACCACAAGCGAGAUCACUGCCAGUGGGGAAGCCCCUUCUCCGUCAUUGAGUACGAAUGCAAGCCCAAUGAGACCCGCAGUCUCAUGUGGGUGAACAAGGAGUCCUUCCUCUGAAGAUGGCGCUUUCUGAUGCUGUUGGACAAUGUCUUCAGAGAUCCACUUUUAGAUAACCCAGCACAAGCCUUCACCAAGGCACACCACUCCAUUGCUGUCUCCCAUUGGGUGCCAAUUAUCUACUAGCCCUGAUUAUUCUGAAAGUGUAAUUCCCCUCUGAUGCAAUGUCCCUGACAUAAAAGAUCAUGAUGUACCCUGCCCGAGAGACUCCCUUUCUGUAUUCUGUGUUGGUGUUCCUGCCUCCAUUUGUUCUUGGUCACGCUGGUGACCACUUGGAGGAGCUCCGUGGAAUCCGCAGGCUGUGUCCCACACUUACCUUUUCCACUGAAUGCUGUUUUGUUUCCAAGUUGAGUGCUUCCCUCUUUUUUGUUAAAUGUUAAAUAAAAAAUAACAAUGUGCUUGGGUUCCAUCCCAAGUGUGCAAGGGUAACAUGUAACUUGGGAUGUUUUCCAGCUGUGUCAAAGUAGGCUUUGUGAAAAUAUGAUGCAAACAGCAGUCAGUGGGACUCAAGUGUUGUGCUUUCUAUAAACAGCUCAGCUAUUUCAGGGAAGAAUAAUGACGAAAGAAAAGGACAAAUAUUUAAGAAGUGUUUAUAACGUAUUACAACUCAAAUAAUGUAAGGUAUUGUGCUGUGGCCUAGUGGAAGUGGGAAAGAGCCUUGUGUGGACCACUGUUAAACAAGGUGACCAAAGUGACAGGGUUAACUCUUUGGCAAGUGACUGUGGUGUCCAAACAGGCAUGCUGAUGGCCUCCCUACAUUCCCCUUCACUUGAACUUUGUAAAACUGUGUAUGGAACUAUAAUCAACUUUUGAUAUUUCUUAAUAAAGGCAUUGAAAAUCA